AUAUGAACAAUGAACACAUUGAACACCAAACCAAACCAGAAGAUUCUGGAGAAUUCGUUAUCGCGUUUUGGUACAGUGCGGUGCAUGCUGUCAGUCAGAUAGCUCUGGUACUAAGUCGAGGACGGGCGUUGAAUAUUGUAUCAGUUUGUGUGAAACUUUUGUGUUACAUUUGUAACAUCUGCAAGAACAGUCAACGAACUAAAACUCAUUGACAAUGUCGACGAAGGUUGAAGAAGUAAGAUUGGACAUUGAAGAACUCAGCAGUUUGCUCGAACAGGCUCGUAGACAACGAAUCAAAGAUGUAUUAACACUUGAACUUAGAAGGCUACAGACAGAAUUAGCCAAAAUACUUGAAGAGAACAAGGAUGCAUCAAUUAAACCAACAAACCCAUCCCUCAACACUAAUAAGAAGUGCUAUGAAGUGAAAUUAAACAAUUAUGGAUGGGAUCAGACUCACACAGCAGUGAAGAUCUAUAUAACGCUGAAGGAUGUUCAUCAAUUACCUAAAGAAGCCAUCACUUGCGAUUUUUCAGAAAAAACAUUAAAUCUACAUGUAUUUGGACUGGAUAACAGAAAUUAUCAUUUGCCGAUUAACAAUUUAUGUGCUGAAAUUGACACCGAAAAGAGCAAUUUCAAGGUAAAGACUGACAUGAUUGUUGUGUCGCUUGUAAAAAAAGUGGCCAAGGAUUGGUCGCAUGUUACAUCGGUAGAGAAAAGAAUCAAGGAAGCAAAAUCACCAUCUAUGCCUGAUAUGGGUGAAGAAAGCGAUCCUGGCGCAAGCUUGAUGAAUCUAAUGAAAAAAAUGUAUCAAGACGGCGAUGAUGAGAUGAAGAAGACAAUAGCCAAGGCAUGGACUGAGAGUCAAGAGAAACAAAGGAGCGGCGUAAUGGAUUUCUAAUUCCGGUAUUAAUUUAAAUUUAAUUAAGUAAAUGUAUACCCCUCUACUACCUAUAUGUAUUUUGUUUUUGUAUUUAGUACGUUAAGUUUGUAAUAAAUAAAAAACUAAAUAAAUUACGUCACUA